CUUUUCUCCUUUCUUGGCUUUGCUCUGCUUUGCGCAUCGGUCACCCUGUCGACCUUGGUUUUCUUCAUCCUUGCUUGGCAUUAACAUAAAUAAAAGCAUUCACAGCAUAAGGACAUUUUUUCUCUUUCUUCUCACCUAUCAGCUGUCAAGACAUUCCAUCCUCUGUUCAACUACUUAGCCAUGGAUGCCACGUUAAUCAGGACCAUCAACAAACUACAGGACGCUUUCUCAACUGUUGGCGUACACAAUCCGGUAGACCUGCCUCAGAUCGUUGUCAUUGGCUCUCAGUCAUCUGGAAAGAGCUCUGUUCUUGAAAAUAUUGUCGGGCGCGAUUUCUUACCUCGUGGCUCUGGCAUUGUGACUCGUCGACCUUUGGUACUUCAAUUGAUUAACCGACCAACGCCUACUGUCAAUGGAGAGGAGGUUGAUAAAGAUAAAGAAGACAAAGAAGUUCAGGAUGAAAAGAAGGAGCCUGAAGAAUGGGGUGAGUUUUUGCACCAACCUGGUGUCAAGUACACAGACUUUAACUUGAUCCGUGAGGAAAUCAUUCGCGAUACUGAAGCGAAGACUGGGAAAAAUGCAGGAAUUUCCCCUCUUCCAAUUAAUCUCCGUAUUUAUUCUCCUCAUGUCUUGACCUUGACUCUUGUUGACUUGCCGGGAUUGACCAAACUCCCUGUUGGAGAUCAACCGAAAGAUAUUGAGAGGCAGAUUAGAGAUAUGAUUAUCAAAUACAUCACAAAACCCAACUCUAUUAUUCUCGCAGUGACUGCCGCCAACGUUGAUCUCGCCAAUUCAGAUGGACUUCGCCUUGCUCGUGAUGUUGACCCUGAAGGAGCAAGAACUAUCGGAGUCCUGACUAAAAUCGAUUUGAUGGAUGCCGGGACGGAUGUUGUAGAUAUCUUGGCUGGUCGUGUGAUUCCACUUCGUCUCGGAUAUGUUCCCGUUGUCAACCGCGGCCAACGUGAUAUUGAUACUAAAAAAUCUAUCAGCCGGUCACUUGAUGCUGAACGCUCUUUCUUUGAAAACCACCCUGCAUAUAAGAGUAAGGCUCAGUACUGUGGCACUCCUUAUCUUGCCCGAAAGUUGAACAUGAUUCUAAUGCAUCAUAUCAAGAAUACUUUGCCUGAGAUCAAGGCGAAGAUCCAGGCAGCAUUGGCAAAAUACCUUGCAGAACUUGCCACACUCGGCGACGGCGUUUUGGAAGGAGCGGGACAGGCCAAUAUUGUUCUCAACAUCAUCACUGAAUUCUGUACAGAGUUUCGCACUAUAAUUGAUGGGAACUCGACUGAUCUGUCAUCUUUUGAGCUCUCCGGUGGAGCCCGUAUCAGCUUUGUCUUUCAUGAGCUUUAUUCUAACGGAGUCAAAUCGCUUGACCCAUUUGACCAAGUCAAGGAUGUUGACAUUCGUACUAUCCUCUACAACUCAUCUGGUUCUUCUCCUGCCCUCUUCGUUGGCACCACAGCAUUUGAGGUCAUCAUCAAGCAGCAGAUCAGACGCUUGGAGGAUCCCAGUCUGCGUUGUGUUAACUUGGUCUUUGAUGAAUUGGUUCGCAUUUUGACACAGCUUCUAUCGAAACAGUUGUUCAAGCGAUUCCCUCAACUCAAAGACCGCUUUUACCAGGUUGUCAUCAAUUUCUUCCGUAAACGAUUGGACCCUACCAACAAGCUUGUCCAGGACUUAAUUGCAAUGGAAUCUUGCUAUAUCAACACCGGUCAUCCUGAUUUUCUAAAUGGACAUAAGGCUAUGGCUGUAAUCAACGAACGUAUGAAUCAAGCUAAGAAUCCUCAGCCCGUUGAUCCCAAGAACCGUAAUUCUACGCUAGCGAGCUUGCCUCCAAGCCUUGAGCCUGAGCCUACGAACAACGGCUUUUUUGGGAGUUUUUUCUCUGGCAAGAAAAAGCGUUCUUCUGUUAUGGAGCCUCCACCAGCUAUCCUCAAGGCAUCUGGAAAUUUGUCUGAGCGUGAGCAGAUUGAGACGGAGGUGAUCAAGCUGCUUAUUUCAUCCUAUUUCAAUAUUGUGAAACGGACUGUGAUUGAUACUGUUCCCAAAGCCAUUAUGCUCAAGUUGGUCAACAACGCCAAAGAAGAACUUCAGCGGGAGUUAUUGCAAGAGCUAUACAAGACAGACGUCUUGGACGAGCUGCUGAAGGAGAGCGAGCUUACGCAAAAUCGGCGCAAAGAAUGUAAAAAGAUGAUUGAGGCUUUGCGGAAGGCUGAUGAAAUUGUUAGCUCAGUCGCUGGAUAAACAACAUUUAGGCAUGAUCACAAUGACACUCAAUGCAUUUGGGCUCUUUUCAGCUGAUUUCACAGAACAGCCCUUUACAUGCUCCCCAUCCUUUCGACAAAAAAAAAA